GUUGUCCUGUUUUGAAGACCCGUGUCCUGGCGUCCUGACCCCUCCACUCCACUUUCUGUCUGUCUUUCUCCUCCUUCCACUCGCCUGCCCUCCUCUUCCUCGACAGACUUCUGUUCUGCAGCAUCAGUCUCUCCUGAAGCCUGAAGCCAUGCUGACGUUUGUGGCGCUGGCGUCGGUUCUCCUCCUGGGAAUAGUGCCCGAGCAGACGGAGGCCAUAGCGAUCUACACCGGCUGGGAGCGCCACGCCCUGCUGGGCGCCGACAUCCGCCUCUCCUGCUCCUUCUUCUCCUGGCGCUUCAUCUCCGAUGACGUCACCUUCUCCUGGACGUACAGACCGGACGGAUCCCGGGACAGCAUCUCUAUCUUCCACUACACCGGUGGGCAGGCCUAUGUGGACAACAAGGGCCCCUUCAGGGACCGCGUGGAGUUCGUGGGCAACCCGGGCAAACGUGACGGCUCCAUCCUGAUCAAGAACCUGGACUACAACGACAACGGCACCUUCACCUGCGACGCCAAGAACCCCCCCGACAUCGUGGGCCGUCCCUCCAGCGUGCGGCUGCUGGUGUUUGAGACCGUUCCAAUCCAGGCUGGAGUGAUCACGGGCGCCAUCAUCGGGGUGGUGCUGGGCCUGCUGGUGCUCAUCGUGGUCAUCUACUACCUGAUGAGGUUCCUGGUGGCGCGUCGUGUCUUCAGCCUCAGCGUCAGCAAACAUGGCAAGAAAAAGAGAGAGGGAUCACAGGCGAGACAGAUAAAGGUCUGACUUCUCCAUGACUGCCUUCACUCCUCUAGUCUGCUCCUUCCUUUUCUGCCCAGCCUGAUGCAACCCCCAUUAUUUCCCAUUAUCUCUUCUCUUUCAAGACAGCACUGGCUAUACGAAUAGUCCCACUACAUCAGUGGCAACAGUGUCAAAUAAUCUUUUACUACGGCUGAUUAGAGAGCCUGAAUGCACUCAUUGGGCGAACUGUAAAACUGUUUAAGGCCUAACAACGCCCAUAACUUCCUUAAGAGGAGCCCGAAAGACAUCGCUCUGUGUUUAAGGCCCCCUGAAUCUCCCCCCCCCCCUUAAUGUUUACGACUCAAUCACACACCAAUGCGAGUGCACUCUGCACUUCAGAUGGAGCAAAAGAGAGACGGAGUGGAGUGUGAUAGCGGGAGAGAGAAAUAUGAUUCCUGCUCUCAGCCGGGUCGUAGAUAGAGGUUCAAGCCCUGGAGCUCGGGGUGAUUCAAUCGUCUCACAUUUGAGCUAAUGGAGGUUGUCGCCGUGUCCCCCGCCCUGGCUAAAGGGGGCUAUUUCUGGACCUAUAAGAGCGUAAGGGCUUACUGUAACAGCUGCACAUUUUUCAGCCAGCAGGGGAGGGGGGGGGGUAGAGAAAAGAAAGAAGUGUUGUUUGUGUCCGUGUUGACUCGACGGGCGGCGACUGACAACCUGAAAUGACGUCACGACCCGGAGGGCUGGCGGUUGUCUCACGAGUCUGACGAAAAGGCUUACCAGGAAGAGGUGCAGCUUCUGCGCUCUCAGUUAUUUUAGGUCCACUUAAUCCUCUCACACGUUUCUCCUCACCAAACCCAGGGCUAAUUAUUUGAGCACUUGCUGGUAACAAGAUAUCUCUCUCUCCAUCUCCCUCCCGGCCUCCUCUGCCGUCUUCCUUCCUUUUGUUAUUCUCUCUUCAUCUCCACUCCCAUCUUUGGGAUUCAUCUCCUCCCUCCAACCCCCCUGUUUCAUUCUCUCUGUCCUUACGUCUUUGGCUUCCUCUAUCUCUUCCUCUUCCUGUCGUCUUUAGUGACUCUGCUCUGCAUUAUUCCCCGCGCAGAGAAAAGGCCUAUACACAAUCCACUCCUCUCUUUAAGCCUCUCCUUAUCUGACUGCCAGGCCUACAGCUCAAUGCUCUGCUCCUAUUCCUUCUCUCUUCUGCCCUUCCUCUUCCUCCUCCACGUCCUUCUUCUUCUCUUUAUUAAACUUGAUGACGGACAUCUCUCUCCCCUCCCUCCGGCUUACCAAAAUGAUCGACGAACGCCCUCUCACUUGCCCUUCAAAACGCCACCUCCCCCCCGAGGCAUGUCCCCUGCCAGUCCGCCUUCUUCCUCUUCCGUCACUGUGUUGUUUCUGCCGGUUCAAAUCCCAAAACACUCGUCCUAUGACCCUUACCGGCAAAGGACAGAAACACAUGGGCAGAAAUCGACCUUUUGCCAAACAGAAACUUAUAAUCUAGCUAGCUCUCCUUCGGUCGCAAAUAGGACGCGUUUUAUGUAUAUGUGUGUCUAGUUAAGAGUUUUAAAAGUGAGAUUUGAUAUAAGCAAAACAAGUAUGUCACCCUAAGUAAAGCAAAUGUAGACAUUGUUUCCAUGUGUACUCGAAAACACAUGGAGAACAUGUUUAUCGAAGCAGGGAAGAAAUGUAAUUUUAUUCAAUAGAAUAUGUUGCUAUAUUUCUGACCUUGUGUGUUAUGGAAGGUGCUGUGUGGCUGUCUCUCUGGUGUACGUUUUAUUUUGAGGCGAGAGAGAAGAUGAGGGGUGGAUCAUGGUUUCUGUUCGCCUCAGAUUCAGCAAGAUGUGGCUGGGGAGGAAGGUGCUUGCUGUGGGAGAAAGCAUGAGAGGAAGAGACUUACCAGGCGUGUUAAGGCAAGCCACAAAUCCAUAUGUAUCACCACGGAUCGUCUUCUCUUACCCCAGAGCUUUCUUUUAAAGGUGCUCCUUCCCCAACCCUGAGCCAAAGAUGGAUUGCGAUCUGGUGCUUGAUAUGCAGGGUGGAUAGUGUAGACUUGAAUGUUCCUUUAAAAUUCAUAACGGCAAAAAGGUGCUAAAAUCCACAUAUUUAUAACUGGAGAUCUGUUUCACUAGUCGCUGUUUAACUGUCCAGUCACAUGGGUUAGUCAGAAUGUUUUUCAUUAAAGCCACACAGACACCUGACAUAAGACAAGCCGCAUUAAAAUGCCUUUUAAAAAUAUGUUGUAUGUAUUAUGAACUGCAUUGGUCUUAUUGCACAAUAACCUUCCUUUAUUUAAAAAGACUGGAGCUUCUUAUGUUUUUUUACAUUUGUUUUAAUGCUUGUGAUAACUCCAGACCAUUAACAACUUUUGAUGACUCUGUCUGUAUAAUAUGUUGUAAAGAGAACGUAAAUAAAAAAGCCCGAGCGCAGCUGUUAUCAACAGAAGACAAAGUAAACCCAGCUGAAAAUGU